AUGAACUACUCCACAGUCACUGCAGCGCACCGCUGUCUGCGCAUUGGCGAGACCCUUCAGGUCAUUAUCAACUCACUCCGGGACCCAGACGCUAAGGCGCCUCUGGCGGCUGUGGCGGCACUCGCGAGGACGUGCAAGAUGCUGCACGAAGCAGUACUACCUACGCUCUGGAGGUACCAAAACAGCUUCAAGCCACUUCUGCGGCUGCUUCCUUCUGACUCAUGGUCGGAGAUCCUCGACGAGCACGGCGACAGCAUCUUUCACAUCAUUGACCCUAGUGAGAUCGAAUGGACGCGGUUUGACCACUACGCCCUACACGUGAGGAGUAUUGGGCAUCCGGAAACAUCGAAGAUCGCGCUUGACACUUGGCGUGUGCUCUCCGAUCACCGCCCUGGGGGCCAACCACUUCUCCCCCGACUCCGCGCGCUCUCGCUGUAUGAGCCUGGAAAAAUCUACCUUCCAUUCAUACACCUCUUCCUCGCCCCGACUCUCAUCCACCUAGAGCUCGCGUCAGCAAACUUCAACCAGCCUGCCAUCAUGUGCCAAGUCUUCAAGCAUGUAGGCGAAACGUGCGAGCAAGUUGAGUUUCUCCAACUCUCGGUGGAGACGAUUGACGACGACGACGAUGACGACAACGAGGACGACGAAGAGGAUUCGACCCCGCAGAAGCUCGAUAGUAGCAUAAGCGACGCCCUUGCACAGCUCCUCCGCGGCCUGCCGAAGCUUGAGUGCUAUAGUGGUAAUUCGGUCGCCACAUCCGCUAGCUGCAUAGAGGCUUUGGCGGCGCUCCCUAAAGUCGAACUGGCGACCCUUCAUGUCUUGCCGGAGGAGAUGGAUAUGCUCGCCGUGUCCACGGCGUCCCGCCCGCGCGAUGGGCAAUGGUUCAAUGCGCUCCGCAGCAUAUCGCUUCACGUGGACCAAAUGGACAAGAGCACGGCAGCGUUCUUCGGCGCCAUACAGAGCGAAGACCUGGAUUGCCUGCUGAUAACAUCUUCCAUCCAGCCCGACUCUGCCACAACCAAACGCCACCUCGAACUCGUCGCGUGCCCCAACCUGACGACCGUAAGACUGGCGCUGGGCCAUACAUUUGCCGGCAACCCUGGCUCUCAUACACUGGACGUCGGGGAGGUGCUCCAGCCUCUCUACGCCCACCCCAAUAUCUCCUCCCUCGACAUCCAAUGUUCCUCGUUGAUCGUGAGCGCAAACGCAGUGCGGGACAUCGCGAACGCAUGGCGAGAUCUCUCCAGCCUUCAGCUCGUCAGCAUCGACCUGCCGCUCCCUGUGGUCGAUAAACCAUUACUCACCCUCGAAGGCCUCAUUCCGCUCGUGGUCAACUGCCGGUGGUUGGACCACUUGACGCUACCCGUGAGCGCGGACGAGGUGCCGGAUGAAGCUAUGCUCGCGCAGCUGCUGCCCAAAUCAUCGGCGUGGUGCAUAUUGCGUGAGUUGACCGUGGCUUACGCGCCGAUUGAGAACCCCGAUCAAGUGGCGUACUUCUUGCUGCGUUUGUUUCCGGAGCUACGCGAAGUGCAUUAUCGGGACGCGGAUGAGCAACUCCCAUACGAGAGCGAGUGGGGAAUAUUCGAGGACAAGUGGGAGGAAGUGCAGGAGCUGCUGGAGUGGCAUUGGGAGUCCGAUGCUGACGAGGCACUUCGGGUGGAAUAG